CAAUCGCAUUCCUCAAACCUCUAUUUAUAUACACAGAACCACACACGCACACGCACACACGCGCGCGCGCAUAUGUUGACAGUCCAGCUAUAAUGUCUGUUGGUGAUACUCGCGAUGGAUACCCUCCUUUCCAACUCAAUUGCUCCCGCUUCAACCAGGAGACAUUCACAGGACGUCUGUUACAUUUCCUGGACGUUAUUGACCCCAGAACUCUGUUGGUCAGUGAUAAGAAACUCCAGUCUUCCAUCCAGUUGUUAGAACUCUACAAAAAUGGUCAACUUCCUGACAAUGUCCCCAACAGACAGUUGUGGGAGGCACAGAAGGUCAAGCAGGCCAUCAUACAUCCUGAUACUGGUGAAAAAAUAUUUAUGCCUUUCCGAAUGUCAGGUUUCGUGCCAUUUGGCUCCCCAUUUGUUAUUGGAAUGCUGCUGCCAAAUCCAACCAUUGGCAAGACAAUCCUUUGGCAAUGGAUGAAUCAAAGCCACAACGCCUGCGUUAAUUAUGCCAACAGAAAUGCUACCAAGCCGACCCCCAUGAAACGGUUCAUAGUAGGGUACGUCGGAGCUGUUUCCACCGCCGUCUCCAUAGCUGUUGGCAUCAGUGUCCUCAUAGAAAAAGCUGAACGUUUUAGCCCUGCUACCAAAAUUUUCAUCAAAAGAUUCGUGCCGUUUCCUGCUGUCGCAACUGCGAGUACUUGUAAUGUGGUUCUGAUGAGGAACAGUGAAAUACCACAAGGUAUUGAAGUAUUUGACAGCAACAACAAACCUCUUGGGGCAUCAGUCGUAGCAGCAAAAGUGGCCUUGUUCCAAACUGCGCUCACCAGAAUGUUUCUGCCGGCACCAAUCCUCAUCAUUCCUCCAUUAAUUAUGUCGCUUCUAGAAAAGACCAAACUGCUGAGAACCUACCCUAAACUGCACUUACCAUUCAAUGCUACUGUCUGCACCUUGACGUUUGGCUGUGCUUUACCUGUUGCAAUUGCAUUAUUUCCACAGACUUGCAAGAUCCGUGUUGAGAAAAUGGAACCUGAGAUUCGUGGUUUAACAACAGAGGAAUAUGUCUAUUGUAACAAGGGUUUGUAAGCCUUCAGCUCUAGUUUAGGGACUCAUGUGCAUAUAAGCAUAUACAUGUGUAGAUAUAGUUAUACUUAUAUAUAUGUACACACACACACACAGACACGCACACACGUACAUACACACACAAUGUAGAUAUUGAAAAACAGCACGUAUUCACAUAUGCAUAUAAAAACAUGCCUGCAAACACACACAUGCAUAGGUGAACAAAAUUAUACACACAGAUAUAUACACAUGUAUUCACACACACACACACAUAUGCCUACAUAAUACACACACAUAAACACACACACACACACACUCACAUACAGAUACCUAUAUGCAUACACACAUAUAGAACUGUUAGUUCAUACAUGUGAAAAUAUAUUUUGAUACUUUGUUUUCUCAUCCAACCCAUACAAGCAUCAAAAACCGAUGUGAAAUGAGCGUGUUGAUGAUAAUGAUGAUGAUGAGGAUGAUGAUAAUGUUGAAGAAUCAUUUUUCUUUUGUAUUUUUCUUUUCAUUCCAAAGAGUGUAAUGGGAGCUUUUACAUGCCACCAGCAAUAACCACGACUAUGCACAGGUGCCAUUUACAUGGCACCGACAGCAACCACAACUACGAUUCAUGGGUGCUAUUUACAUGGUGCUGCCAAUAACGACGAUUCCUGGGUGCCAAUGUAGCAAAUGACCAUGACUACGAUUCACGGGUGCCAUGUAAAUGGCACCAGCAUGGCCACAACAAUGAUUCCACUUGGCCUAACGAAUCUUCUCUCGCACACACCACAUCCAAUGCCUCUUGUGCCUAAUUUUUUUUCUCAAAAUGCUUACACUCUGUUGUUCAUGCACACUGACACUGCACAUCCAGUGAAGCAUACUAACUUCUUCCAAGCUUUUGCAUGUCCUCUGCGGUCACAGUCCAUGUUUCACUGCCAUGUAGCAUAGCUAACUA